AUGGCCCGGAGCGGAGCCGAUCGACUAGCUCAGCAGCUAUGUAACAAACAGGUCAGCGCCCCAGCCUCGCUCCUCCACCAAGAUCGAUCGCUCGGAUCGUCCGCACCUCGAAACCAGUCCCGGUCCAACCCGCUUACUUGCGCUCCUUCAACGCGCCGCGUUCGAACGGAUCCACGCGCCUUGCUUGAUCUGGGGAAUCAGCAGGAGCAGACGGCUCGUACGGCGGUAUCGUGUUCGCAGCAAGACGGGUGUUACGAGCAGGACCCAACGCAGCCGUUCGACGGCCCAGCAUCGGACGGUGUUCUCAGCCCCCUCUCUGACGGUGCUCAGUCAGCCUGCGGCCUCUCUCACCCGCUCGUCGGUGCACUGCGAAGGGCGAGAAGCGCAUCCUGGGUGGGACAGAGCUUCUCAGCCGCACGUCCAGAUUCGGCAACCGCGCGCCGACAGCUUGCCACCGCGCUCAGCGAGCGCACAAUGGAGGAUGUGAACCCGUGGGCAAUCAUUGCCUCUUUGGCGCCGACAUGGGGUCUCGCGUUCGCACUUCGGAGUGUCCACCAUGUGCACGGCACGGACGCACUUCCGUCCUCACGGCCCUUCCUUACUGGUUGGCUUGAUUAG